CAAGUGCAGAGAUGGUAGUGACUAGCGACUACUGAGACCCUUUGACCACCAAACCCCAAGGCAUCCCCCGCUCGCUCGCGGCUCGGGUUGUAUUAUUAUUAUUUUUUAAUUUUUCUUGAAACCACAACACAUGAACACAAACAGCCUAUAAAUCAUCGAGCUCCCUCACUUGGGUAUUCUACUAUUCUCUCAAACUCAAUCUUCCUCUUUCUUCUUCCCCUUCUUCAUGGUUUCAACUUUUUGAUUGGAAUAUACAGAGAGAGAAAGAGAGAGUAGAAGCUUCUGAGUUCUGAAUUAUUGGGGACUGUUUCAGCUGAUACUGUUUCAUCUAGCGUCGAAGCUGUCAUAGUUCUAGUUAAAGUAAGUUGAGAGGAUCUGAGGAUGAGUGCUUCGAAGUUCAUCAAGUGUGUCACAGUUGGAGAUGGAGCUGUUGGAAAGACCUGUAUGCUCAUUUGUUAUACCAGUAACAAGUUCCCAACAGAUUAUAUACCCACUGUUUUUGACAACUUUAGUGCUAAUGUGGCUGUGGAUGGGAGCAUUGUCAACUUGGGAUUAUGGGAUACUGCAGGUCAGGAAGAUUAUAGCCGCUUGAGGCCACUAAGCUAUAGAGGAGCGGAUGUAUUCGUUUUGGCCUUCUCCUUACUCAGCAGAGCAAGCUAUGAAAAUGUUCUCAAGAAGUGGAUGCCUGAACUUCGUAGAUUUGCGCCGAAUGUUCCAAUUGUUCUUGUUGGAACAAAGUUGGAUCUCCGUGACGACAAAGGUUAUCUGGCUGAUCAUGUCGGCUCUGCUGCAAUAACAUCUGCUCAAGGAGAGGAGCUGAGGAAACAAAUUGGUGCAGCAGCCUAUAUUGAAUGCAGCUCGAAAACUCAGCAGAACAUUAAAGCUGUUUUUGAUACUGCAAUCAAGGUUGUUCUUCAACCUCCAAGAAGGAAGGAGAUGGCUAGGAAGAAAAGGCAGAGGAAGUCUGGUUGCUCAGUCCUGAGUAUCAUGUGUGGAGGCUGUGUUGUGUAAUUACAUGGAGGCUGUUGUAUUUGUGCUUGUAAUUCAGUGAGUUGGGUAGGGGGAACUUUUGGUUCUCUCAUGGCUUUUAGUAAUGCUAGGAAUGUCUUUUUCUUUUUGGUUUUGUUAAAAGCAAAGACUUAUUUGUUAUAUAGAAUAUAUCAAAUACAAUCAAUUUGACGUCAGCUCCUCUAA